AUGGCUGAAGAAAUUGAGAAAGAGUUAGCUGACCUAAGAAAGAUUCAGAAAGAAGUUGGCAAGCUUGAAUCCAUGAGACAAGAUUAUAUCUUAAAGAAGCACGAAAAUGAUAUGGUCAAAGAAGUAUGUUUCACUUACUUCCCCCUAUGCGAGAGAACAAAAAAAGCUUCUUCGCCAGAGUGGGAUUAUUUUUUUUCCCCCAAAAUUUAAAAAAUUGCAAAAUUGGAUACCCAAAAUGAGAUUUCAUUUAUACUAAUUAUCACUUAUAUGACAAAAAUUUUUUCAUAAAAAAUUUGUUGUUGAAGGGUGGGUUUUUACUCAAAAAAUAGGAAUUUUUCCAAUGGUUUGCUCGCUAAAGGAGGGGGUAGAGUUAGGAAUUUGAUCAAUUGCAAGAUGAAGAGUCAAAAGUUUACAAACUGAUUGGUCCAGCACUUAUUUCUCAAUCACUUUCUGAAGCUAAAAACACCGUUGACAAAAGGCUUGAAUUUAUCACAAAAGAAAUGUAAAUUCCACUUAGAACGAGAUUGGAAAAACUUAACUCCCCUCUCAAUUGGAACAAAACAUUAUAUAAUUAAUUCAUUUUUGGGUAAUUAAUCGUUUAGUUGAAAUUUAUUUUUAAUUUAGAAAUACUAAUUUGUAUACAAAGAGCUUUGGCCUAAUUUAUUGAGAGAGUGAAAGUAGAUUGAUACUUUAAACAUUGCCACGCUGAAUUCAUCAAUUUUUUGGAUUAAUUCCUUAUAAAAAAUAAAUCAAAUACAAGACAUCGCAUUCAAUUUACAUUUUUUUAUUCGGAUUUUAAAUAGAAUUUUGUUCAAAUUAAAGGGUUAGAGUAAGGAAGAUUUCUUGAAGAAAGCCGAAGAAAAGCAGACAAAAAUCAUGCAGUUGCAAAAAUCAAUAGCAGCAAGAGGCAAGUAA